AUGAGCAUCUCAGACAGCGACGACGAACCUAUUACUCUCUCCUCGCACGCAUUGGCGGCGCUGGCCGAGUUCAAGGCCGAGGAGGAUGCCCGCCAAAAGGAGUUUGAGAAGCUCCAGGAGCAAGCGGAGGCCAAUGCGGCCAAGAAGGCGCCGAUUUCCAUGGCGGCGUUCAUGGAGGACUGGAACAAGUCGCAAUUCUGGUACUCCGAUGAGACGAUGGAUUUCUACGCGAGGCGACUCCUCGAGGGCGCUGAUGAGAACACCACCAUUGCGAUUGUGUCCGCGCCCAGUGUGUUUGUUGCUCUGCAUAAUAUCCUAACUGCACGGGACGAGAGCGAGGCCCGGCCAAAGAUCUACCUGCUGGAGCACGACGACCGCUUCAACGUCUUUCCCGAAUUCGUCUGGUACGACUUUGCACAGCCCUUUAAGCUCCCGGGCGAGCUCAAGGGUGCCGUAGACCGCAUCAUCGUCGACCCCCCGUUCCUCAGCGAGGACUGCCAGACCAAGACUGCCAUGUCUGUUCGGUGGAUGAUGAAGCCGGACGCCGCGGAGAAGAGCCGCGUCAUCGUGAGUACCGGCGAGCGCAUGGCAGAAAUCGUGCGCAAGGUGUACAAGUCCUUUGGUGUCAGGAUGGUCACGUACGAGCCGACGCACUCGCGAGGGCUCAGCAACGAGUUUUGCUGUAAUGCAAACUAUGAGUGCGAAGACUGGACGUGGAAGGAGACGGAUGCGAGUUAA